UUUCUCCUCAGAUCAAACCUCCCUCUCUCUCUACAACAAAAUCCCUUUAAGCUUUCUCACUGCUCUUUCUGUUCAUAAACUCGGCUGCUUCUUUUGCACAGUUAGCUGUUAGCAUUAUUGUAUUGAAUAAGAGAACUCUCCGAGCCAGAGAACCGAGCAAUGGGUGACUCGCUAAACUCGGAAACUGAGUCAAGCACUGUUAGCAACAGCUCGUUUACUCUAUCUCCGCCAUCACCGUGCUCUUAUGGAGGUAAAAGGGCAUCGGGUAGUACUGACCCGACACCCGAUUCGAAGAGGCAGAAGCGUAGUAAUAGUAGCAAUAGCAGGCAUCCGGUUUACCGUGGAGUACGAAUGCGGGCGUGGGGUAAAUGGGUAUCCGAAAUCCGAGAGCCCCGAAAGAAGAACCGGAUCUGGUUGGGCACCUUCUCGACUCCCGAAAUGGCGGCGCGUGCCCACGACGUGGCCGCCUUGAGCAUAAAAGGUGACUCGGCGAUUCUCAACUUCCCCGAACUCGCCGACUCGAUGCCCCGACCGGUUUCCAACUCGCCACGAGACGUCCAAGCCGCCGCGGCCAAAGCUGCUUCCGUGGAGUUCUCAAGUAAUACUAAUACUACUACUACUAGUGACAACAGCAAUAGAAGCGCCACUUCAUCUUCUUUGUCGCUGUCGUUAUCCGAUUCCACGUCGUCGUCUUCAUUGAAUGUGGACACACCGGAAGAGCUGAGCCAGAUAGUGGAGCUGCCGAGUCUUGGGACGAGCUACGAAUCGGCCCAGUCGGGGAACGAGUUCGUGUUCGUGGACGCGGUCGACGGCUGGUUUUUUAACUCUAGUGGCAUGCCUUGGUAUUACGAAGAAAGCUGUGGGUAUUUUGGGGAAGCGAUUUCAAUCCAAAUGCAAGAAAGCGAUAUUACAUCUGGUUUCGCCCCUUUACUAUGGGAUCACUAGAAAC